CAUAAAGAUGGCACUACUAUUGCAGCCAGCGGCCACAGCAUCUCGGAAACCACGUCGACCACGGUCGAGAUCACCGCCCUCAUCUGGGCCUUCGCCUACGUCAUCUACCUCGACCACGACAGCAUCACUACCGUAUCCACCGACUCACUGGGAGCUCUACACUUGGCUACUCGGCAAGCCUUCACUGAUCACGACAUCGAUCUUGUGAAGACCCUCUGCAUUUUCUACGACAUCGUGAAAGACCGAAUCGAGCUGAGGCAUGUUCACGCCCGCGAGCACAUACCGUGGAACGAGCUUGCCGACGCGAGAGACUGGGAGUUCCUCAUCGAAGCCGACGAGAACACAAAGGGAGCAUGCCCGAGGCUGAUGAACGACCACCUGCACGCGCCGAAAUUCGCGACCACCGCCACCAAGGAACACGUACACCGAGACGCCGACAAGAAGCAGCGGGAGACAGUAGCCACGAUCACAUUCGCCACCUACAACAUCCAGGCAGAACCGAGCCCUGGAGCAAGACAGAGGCAUCAAAAUCUAUCCCGCUUAAAGAAGGUGAUGGCCGCGACCAACGACGACGACAUCCACAUCAUUGGUAUUCAGGAGUCCCGCACCGUCUUCGGCCUUAAGGACUCGACCGAGGCAGUCUGCGCCAGCGCCAACAAUUACCACGUCAUCGCAAGCGGCCACGACAAAUUCAACUUGGGAUGCGACUUGCAUAUUCUUACGUCAAAAUCAUGCGGCAGGAGCGGCGAUACCUUACUUUUCUUCAGACCAGACAACUUCGUCGUCAUCCACGAACGCCCCGGGAUUUUACUCGUCAAGGUCUCGGCGACUGGCUUCCAGCAGACCAUCUGCGCAUGCCGCGCUCCACGUGCUCGACCCACCUCCCCCGGCGAGAAGGAUUCCUCCUGGGAUACGCUCUCCGAGCUCGCCAGCAAGUACCGUAUCUCGAUGAUGAUGAUCGACGCCAACGCUCAGACGGGUUCAAUAACCACGUCAGCAGUUGGCCCAGCCGGCUUAUCGCAGCAAGAAGAUGACAAUUGUACGAGAUUCCACGAGUUCCUCUUCGCUCACAACCUGUCAGCGGUCAACACUUUCCAGAGUGGAGGAGAUAAUCGCCGCGCAUGGAUUUCCAACGCCAGCCCUCACCGCAUCGACUACACCGUUAUCGAGACGGACAUGCUGAGCUGUAUCACGGAGUGCCCCACCAUGUACGGCAUAAACAGCGACGACAUCCUCGAAGAAGGACGACCAUCACCCUGUCCGCACGUCGAUACCGUGCCAGAUCAACACCGCGAAGUCUACGACAACCGCAAAGCUGGAUGA